AGUUCUUACAAUUCGUUACGUCCAAAGUGUCGUUACAAGAUUUUUCUGUGUUAGAAAGCAUGAAUUGCAUACAAAAGUUCCAAAUUCACAGAGAAGACAGGUCAACAGACAAACUUCCAUCUGCACAUACAUUUUUCAAUCAAUUGGAUCUGCUAGUGUACGAGACGUAUGAUAAACUUUAUACAAAUCUACUCAUGAAUGCAGCAAAGGAUUUGGAUGUGCAUAAGCUUGUUGGAACGCUGUUGUCGUAUAAUAUGUAGCAGUAAUAAUAAUACAGUACAUUAUAGAGACACGCAUACACACACGCAUACACACGCAUAUGUAUCUAUAAAUAAUGACCAAUAAAAUUAAAUAUUGCAAUAGAGAAAA